AUGCAACCCCAGGGGUCACACAGCUACCCAAGGGGACACACUGCCUACUCCAGGGGUCACACAGCUACCCCAGGGGUCACACAGCUACCCCAGGAGUCACACUGCCUACUCCAGGGGUCACACAGCCUACCCCAGGGGUCACACAGCUACCCAAGGGGACACACAGCUACCCCAGGGGUCACACUGCCUACCCCAGGGGUCACACUGCCUACCCCAGGGGUCACACAGCUACCCCAGGAGUCACACUGCCUACCCCAGGGGUCACACUGCCUACCCCAGGGGUCACACUGCCUGGCCCCAGAGGUUCCCGUCAUCUCCCAGGAUCCAGGCCAGAAAAGGCCCCUGCCUCCGAGCUGGCACCUCGUCCUUAGCGUUUCUUCAGAUCUAGAAGGUCUCUUCAGUCUCAUCCAGCAGAAGACUGAGCUGCCAAUCACAGAGAAUGUGCAAACCAUUCCGCCCCUCUACGUCGUGCGCACCAUCCUGGUCUACAGCCGCCCUCCCUGCCAGCCCCAGUUCUCCCUGACUGAGCCCAUGAAGAAGAUGCUCCAGUGUCCCUACUUCUUCUUCGACAUCGUCUGCAUCCACAAUGGCACCGAGGAGAAGGAAGACGAGAGGAGGUGGAAGGAUGUAUUCUCCUUCAUGGGCAGCCUGGACACCAAGGGCACCAGCUACAAGUAUGAGGUGGCACUGGCUGGGCCGGCCCUCGAGCUACACAAUUGCAUGGCCAAGCUGCUGGCCCAUCCACUUCAGAGGCCUUGCCAGACCCAUGCGAGCUAUAGCCUGCUGGAGGAUGAGGAGGCUGGUGAGGGCGAAGCCACCGUGUGACCCGUGGCAUUUCUCCACCGUUCAGGAGCCCGGUGCACCCACACCCACUCCUACUGUGUCUGCUGUAAAUUCUUCCUGGGACC